AUUUCUGAAGGUGGCAACAUCUAAUUUAACGUAGUAACUGUGGAAAGGAUUAAAAUGGAUCCUUCCAUCAUGAAGCUCCUUGAAGAUGACGAGGAUGAAACCAUGCAUUCUGGUGCAGAUGUAGAGGCGUUCACUGCUGCCUUGAAUAGAGACAUAGAGGGUGGUACCUCCACUUCUCAGCCAUCAGAUCCAGAAAAUGCGAUCUUGUCCCAUGCUGGCAAUCCUGCAUCCAAUCAGCUGGUUCCCCAAUGGCAUAAUUCCAAUCAAGAAGAAAAUGUCACCUCCCAAACUCAUCAAGAAGAACCAAACAAUAUGCAGUCACAAGUCCAGCAUUCAACUGAAACAGUGCUGAUGCAGUCUGGAUCUGGUGCUGAGAAUCAGCAGCAGCAAAUUGUUAGCUCACAAGAACACAGUGAACUCCCUAUGCAACAGAAACAAUCAAAUGAUGAUCAGCAACAGCAGCAGGUGGAGCAAAACUCCCUCCAGAUGUCUCAGAAAAAUGGAGCCCAAAUUUGUGAACAAAGUCCUGGUCACUUGCCCGAAAAGGAGAGAGUGCCGCUGGUAAACAGCCAAAAUCAAUACCCAAAAUUACAAAAGAUGAACAAUCAAAUUACACUUUCUGCAGACAUUGCAAAUAACCCAAAUUUUCGUGGUAAACAAGUACCAUUUGCUUUGUUGAUCCCAAAUAUAAUGCCGCACCUUGAUGAAGACCGAGCUAUGCAGCUUCAGACACUUUUUACUAAAUUGAGGAAAAAUGAAAUCAACAAAGAGGGCUUUGUCCGGGCUCUGAGAACUAUUGUAGGGGAUCAUAUGGUCAAACAGGCUGUAGCAAAAGUCCAGAUGCAGGAACUAGCCAAAGCUCAGUCUGCCCGUAACUCACAGACAGGACCCCAUCAGUUUCAGUUACAGUCUCAAGCUUCUUUGCAGCACCAGCAUCAGCCUCCACAGCAACAGCAUCCACAGCAACAGCAGCAGCAGCUGCAACAACCCAAAAUGACAAAUGCACAACAGUUCAGUGAUCCACAAUCAUUUACUCAACUUCAUCAGAAGGGACAAAAGUCUUCCACUGACCUAUCUCAGAUUCCAACUUCAACAACUCAAGGAAAAAAUGAUUCAAGCUUUCCUACCACAGAAAGCAGCUCUCAGAAGUCCAGAGAGACGGAACAUCAGUCAGAUUCACCAGGAAUGCAUUUGAGCCAAACAUCUUCUGCCAGCAUGAGCUUGGUCAAUCAGGAAAAGGGGCUCUCCUCCAUUCAAAUCCAAGGGAUUAACAAGCAGCAGCAGCAAUUGCCCCUUCCACACACAUCUUUCCCAAUGUAUGGGACCAUGGUGGGCAAUUAUCAUUCUACUCAUGCAUAUUCAGGGCCAUCUAUCAGUGGUGCAACAACUUCUCUUAAAUCACAAACUCAAGAUUCACAAAUGAGGCAAGUUCCGCUUCAUCAAGGCAUGGUUUCAAAUCAGUUAGGAGGGGCAACCCAGCCCAUGAACAUGAUGAUUAUGCCUAAAUAUGAGAUGCAAAACUCUCUUACUGAGCCCAAGAGAUUGCAAGGUGGAACUCACUCGACAAGCCAUUCAACAAUGCAACAAAAUCCAGCUCAGUGGCAAUCAUCAGUGAGUGAAGAGCAAAAAGGUGGUGCUUUGUCAUCAAUGGCUUAUGUGAAGCAGGAAUUAGUUGAUCAGACUGCUGAGCAGCAGCAAAUGCCCCAAUUGUCAGCUUCCCAAGGUUCAUCUUCUUUAGUUCCUGUACAGGUUGACCAAGAGGAAACCACAGAAAAGCAGGGGGCUAGAAUUCCUUUCUCAACAUCUACAAAUGCAGUGCUUUCAAAUUCAGCUUCGGGUUCCAUAGCAACACCAAUGGAUGCUACUCCGCCGAUGCGCCCUCAAAUCCCAUCUGCAACCAUCUCAGUUGGGUCUGGAACUAAUUUGAAGACACCUCCAAAGAAGCCUUCUAUCAGCCAAAAGAGACCAGUUGAAGCAGCUGGCACUCCAUCCCCUUUGUCAAGUAAAAAACAAAAGGUGUCUGGGGCUUUUCUGGAUCAAAGCAUUGAACAACUCAAUGAUGUUACUGCUGUCAGUGGAGUUAAUUUGAGGGAAGAGGAAGAGCAGCUAUUAUCUGCACCUAAAGAGGAAAGUCGGGCUUCAGAAGCUACUCGGAGGGUUGUGCAAGAAGAAGAAGAAAGACUGAUACUGCAGAAAAUACCCCUUCAAAAAAAAUUAGCACAAAUCAUGUCCAAAAGUGGCAUAAAGAGUGUAAGUAAUGACGUGGAGCGUUGCCUGUCAUUGUGUGUAGAGGAGAGAAUGCGCGGUUUGAUAAGUAAUAUGAUCAGACUAUCAAAACAGAGGGUUGAUCUCGAAAAGCCAAGACAUCAUACUAUUAUUACCUCUGAUGUUCGGCGGCAAAUUUUAAUGAUGAACCGAAAAGCCAGAGAGGAGUGGGAGAAAAAACUGGCUGAAGAAGCUGAAAAGCAAAGGAAACUUAAUGAAGCAGAGGGAAACACUGGUGUUGAUGGUGACAAGGACAAGGAUGAAGCUCGUACAAAGACACUCAAGGCAAACAAAGAGGAAGACGAUAAAAUGCGAACAACUGCAGCAAAUGUUGCUGCCCGAGCAGCAGUUGGAGGGGAUGAUAUGCUAUCAAAAUGGCAACUCAUGGUAGAGCAAGCCCGACAGAAGCGUGAAGGAGGAGGUGAUGGAUCAAAUAGUGUUCAGCCUGGUAGAGAGCUGAGCCGCAAGGCCCUGUCAACCAUGGGAAGAACCACUAUGGACAAUCAAGAAGUAGAAAACAGAGGCCUUUCUGCUGCUGCGGCAUCUGGGCCUGCAAGGAAAUUUGGCAGGAACUCUGCUGUUGUGCCACAGUCAAAGGUUGCACGGACCAUUUCUGUCAAGGAUGUAAUUGCAGUCCUGGAGAGGGAGCCCCAGAUGUCAAAGUCAACUUUAAUGUAUCGUUUGUAUGAGAAAAUUCAUGCUGAUGCUGCGGCAAAUGAUCGAAGGUGAAAUGUGGGGCAAUAAGGAUCUAAUGUCAGCAUUUUGUCAGGACAAACAUCAUGAAUCUGGGAGAGUCUAAGGUACAACUUUAGGCUAUUCUUUGUUCUUUUAUUGACAUUUGUUUGUGUGGAGCAUUAUGUGCUAUAUGUAGCAAUUCUAAGGAGACUACUCUCUGUAUUCACUGUUCACCCGCCUCUAUUUGGAAUCAUGGCAACAUAAAACCCUAGGGUUGCCCUCAUUCUGAUUACAAAGGCAGGCAAGUAGUCUUCUCAUGGAGUGUAGAUC